GUUGUAUCUAACCCGUCGCGAAAGCAGAAGCGUGCAACCGUGGAGCCGCGAGGAGCCUUUCCUCCAUCGUGAAUGGUGAGAAAGGCAUCAGAGGCAUUUCUGACUGUCUCAACCCCUGAAAAACGGUAUAAGAGCAGCAUAGAUCAGUGUACACCAACAGUGUUAAUGUUGUUGAUCUUUAGCACGCGGUUUCGGUUAUGUCGGGCGUAACGGCCAUAUCGGCCAUAUCGGUGGUCAAAGUAUACUUGAACCACUCCAGCCGAAGAGCUGGAGCAUACUGGCAUUGCUUUAUAAUGGACACAUUUCCUGCAUUCUUUCAGUAGCUUCCCAUACCAUCAUCAAUUAUCAAAGUUCUCUCUCCAACCAACCCAACUGAAACCAUACACAGCAUGGCCCAACUGAAAGUCCUCGUCUGCGGGGCUGGCAUCGCAGGCAACGCGCUCGCAUUCUGGCUCUCAAAGCUCGGCCACGAAAUCACCGUCAUCGAACGAUUCCCGAAGAUACGCGCCACUGGACUACAGGUAGACCUUCGCGGACCGGGCAUCCAAGUGAUGCGAAGGAUGGGCCUGGAGGAAGCCUUCCGUGCUCGGUCCGUUUCGGAGCAAGGCCUACAGGUUGUUGAUGGGAAAGGUAGAAGAUGGGGAUACUUCCCUGCUAAUAGGACCGGUAAAGGCUUGCAGAGCUUCACUACCGACUUUGAGAUCAUGAGGGGCGAUCUAUGCCAGCUUCUGUAUGAUCUGACUAUGGACCGUGUCAAAUAUCGCUUCGGAAUGUGGAUCAAGGAGAUCCGGCAGGUGGAUGAGUACGCCGAGGUCCUCUUCUCUGAUGGGAGUAGGGAGCAGUUCGAUCUUGUUGUAGGGGCCGAUGGAUCUGGGUCUCAUACUCGGAAGAUGAUACUGGGUACCGACGCGAAAGACCCAGUUCAUCCGCUCGGGGUAUAUGCUGGGUAUUUUACCAUCCAAAAGUCUGUUCAGCCGGGCGAGGGGUACAAUGCUACUGCCUUUUUUGCUCCAGGUCACAAAGGCAUUAUGACUCGUCGUGCUCACCCUGACAAGUACCAGGCAUAUAUGGUCUGCAGCCAGAAUUCCUAUGAGGGACUGAAGAGCGCGAGCCAAGGCGACAUCGAAGCCGAAAAGAAAGGGCUGACAGAGGCUUUUUGCGGAACUGGGUGGAACGCGAGUGAAAUACUGCAAGGCCUGGCUGAUACUGACGAUUUCUACUGUGAGCGCAUGGGAGUUGUCCAGAUGGACUAUUGGUCCCAGGGCCGUGUUGUACUGGUUGGCGAUGCAGCCUACUGCCCGACAGCUAUGACGGGCAUGGGUACAACCUGUGGCAUGACCGGCGCCUAUAUCCUAGCGGGCGAAAUCGGAAAGAACUGUGGCAAGGGACUCAAAGGAGGGAUGCCGGUUUCCAAGAAUAGUAUCACGGUUGCUCUGGCUGAGUACGAAGAAAAGCUGAGACCGUUGAUCAGUACAGUCCAGGCAGGGUUGACGGACAGUGAAAAUUAUAUGGAUAAAUUCCCAUCAUCCCCUAUCGGCAUUCAGAUGGUUUAUGUCCUCGUUUGGGUUGCCUCUCUGCUGAGAUUCGACUUUCUUGCCAAAUGGUUGUUGCGGGAAGAUACGAAAGGUUGGAAACUACCGGAAUACAGGGAAAUGGUGGGGUACGCCUCCGAUUGA